AUGCGGGGCGAGCUCUGGCUCCUUGUGCUGGUGCUCAGGGAGGCUGCCCGGGCGCUGGGCCCCCAGCCCGGAGCAGGUCCUGAUGAAGGCCCAGGCUCUGGAUGGGCUGCCAAGAGGACCACAAAGAGCUGGAAUCGGAGAGCCCGAGAGAGCCCUGGGCAGGUGUCGGAGCCGGACAGGACCCAGCUGAGCCAGGACCUGGGAGGGGGCACCCUGGCCAUCGACACACUGCCAGAUAACGGGACCAGGGUGGUGGAGGACAACCACAGCUACUAUGUGUCCCGUCUGUACGGCCCCGGAGAACCCCGCAGCCGGGAACUGUGGGUGGACGUGGCUGAGGCCAACCGGAGCCAAGUGAAGGUCCACAGAAUACUCUCCAACACCCACCGGCAGGCUUCGAGAGUGGUCUUGUCCUUCGAUUUCCCUUUCUACGGGCAUCCGCUGCGACAGAUCACCAUAGCAACUGGAGGCUUCAUCUUCAUGGGUGACGUGAUCCAUCGGAUGCUCACGGCUACACAGUACGUGGCCCCCCUCAUGGCCAACUUCAACCCUGGCUACUCCGACAAUUCCACGGUUGCUUACUUCGACAACGGGACAGUCUUUGUUGUUCAGUGGGACCAUGUCUACCUCCAAGGCCGGGAGGACAGGGGCAGCUUCACCUUCCAGGCAGCUCUGCACCGUGAUGGCCGCAUUGUCUUCGGCUACAAAGAGAUCCCUAUGUCUGUCCUGGAGAUCAGCUCCUCCCAGCACCCUGUCAAAGCAGGCCUGUCAGACGCCUUCAUGAUUCUCAACCCAUCCCCGGACGUGCCAGAAUCUCGGCGAAGGACCAUCUUCGAAUACCACCGCGUGGAGCUGGACCCCAGCAAGGUCACCAGCAGGUCAGCUGUGGAGUUCACCCCGCUGCCAACCUGCCUGCAGCAUCGGAGCUGCGACGCCUGCAUGUCCUCGGACCUGACCUUCAACUGCAGCUGGUGCCAUGUCCUCCAGAGAUGCUCCAGUGGCUUUGACCGCUACCGCCAGGAGUGGCUGGCCUACGGCUGUGCCCAGGAGGCGGAGGGCAGGACGUGCGAGGAAUUCCAGGAUGACGACCACUACUCGGCCUCCCCUGACAGCUCCCUCGGCCCCUUUGAUGAAGACCUGGCCACCACCAGCCCCUCCUCUCUUGUCAUCGACAGCCUCACCACGGAAGAUGACACCAAGUUGAAUCCCUAUGCAGGAGGAGAUGGCCUUCAGAACAACCUGUCCCCCAAGACAAAGGGAGCCCCCAUGCACCUGGGCGCCAUCGUGGGCAUCGUGCUAGCGGUCCUCCUGGUGGCAGCCAUCAUCCUGGCUGGGAUUUACAUCAGCGGCCACCCUACCUCCAAUGCCGCCCUCUUCUUCAUUGAGCGGAGACCUCACCACUGGCCGGCCAUGAAGUUCCGCAACCACCCCAGCCACUCCACCUACACGGAGGUCGAGCCCUCGGGCAGAGAGAAGGAAGGCUUCGUGGAGGCCGAGCAGUGCUGA